GCUCACAAAUACACAAACCACUCAGAGGUCCACACUGUCUGCGUCUCCUCCCUGCUGGAGCAGUGAUGAGUAAGCGUGUUAACGGCAUGUCCGCUGUGCGGAGCUUCAGUAGCCACUCACUGGGCUCGUACCCCCGAAUUGGAGAGACCAUACCGCGGAGAGGAAGCUCCUAUUUUGGUUUUGGGGAUGCUCCGAUUCCGGGGCUGCCUGUAAAGGCCGUGACGGUGGACAGGAACCUGCUGACCCCGCUGCAGCUGGACCUGGACCCCAGCCUACAUGCGGUCAGACUGCAGGAGAAGGAGCAGAUCAAAACACUCAACAACCAGUUCGCCUCCUUCAUCGACAAGGUACGUCACCUGGAGCAGCAGAAUAAGAUGCUGGAGACUGAGUGGAAGUUGCUGCAGGGUGAGACACAUUCUGACUCCAGGCUGGAGCCCAUGAUGAAGGUCUACAUCAGCACCCUGCAGUCCCAGCUGGGCGGCCUGAAGCGAGACAAGGAGCGACUGGACACUGAGCUCCGCAGCGUCCACCUGCUGGUGGAGGACAACAAACAAAGGUACGAAGAUGAGAUUAAUAAGAGAAAUGAAGCUGAAAAUGCUUUCGUGCUUGUGAAGAAGGAUGUUGAUGUUGCAUAUCUGACAAAAACUGGGCUGGAGGACAAAGUGUCUGGGAUUCUGGAGGACCUGAACUUCUCGAAGGCCGUUUAUGAGCAGGAGCUGCAGGAGCUGAAGGAGGACCUGAAGGACACCUCUGUGGUGGUUCAGAUGGAUAACAGCAGGCAGCUGAAUAUGCAGCAGAUCGUGGCGGAGGUGAAGAGCCAGUACGAGGAGAUCUCAUCAUGCAGUCGCCAGGAGGUUGAAGACUGGUACAAGAACAAGUAUGAGCUGGUACUGUCUCAGGCUGAGCAGCGCAAUUCAGAGCUGAAGAGCAGUAAAAGUGAAAUCUCGGAGCUCAACAGACAAAUUUCUCGCCUGCAAGUGGAAAUCACCUCAGCUAAAGCACAGCGUGACAGUGUGGACAGUCAGAUAUUGGAGGCAGAGCGUGCUGGUGAGGAGGCGGUACGUAAUGCCAAGCAGCAAAUCAGAGAGCUGGAGGAGGCACUGCAGAAAGCCAAGCAGGACAUGGCCAAGCAACUCCGCGAGUAUCAGGAGCUAAUGAACAUCAAACUGGCACUGGACAUUGAGAUCGCCACCUACAGGAAACUGCUGGAAGGAGAGGAGGACCGAAUUGGACAAGAACCUGUUGUGCGUGUCCAGACUGUGCCAAGAAACAGCCAUGCUGUGCCUCAGAAACCCAAGUCUCAUCCUAAAGUCCUCAUUAAGAUGAUCGAGACUCAGGACAACACCUUCUUCUCUGCUCAGGAUUGAUAUAAUGCAUUCAGUAUCUUACCAGUGCAUCUAUAACAGCCAGACAACAGCUGCUCCUCUGCCUCACCUGACCACUUCAUCUCUUUCAUUUGUGAAUGGUUUUGGGAGUUCAUCUUUGAGAAUUUGUCUCUGAUGUGCAGAACCUCAGUAAAGGUGCAUUUAUGUA